GAUAACAUUGAGAUUCAUAAAAAUUUCAAAUAAAUAUUUUUCCUUCAAAACACGAUACUUUUCAUCAUGAUGUCUUCAGAAAAGCUCUUAACCUUAAAGACCAGGGACGGUGAAGAGUUUGUAUUAGAAGAGGCAAUGGCUUUUAGGUCACUAACCAUCAAGAACGCAGCUUCAAACUACACCAUUAAUAAUACUCCUCUGCCUAUCAAUGUCGAAAUCAAUACAAUGAUCAAAGUGAUUGAAUACUGGAAGAAACACUCGAAGAGAGGUAUCUCAGAGGACGAGUUGAUGAGUUUUGACAAGAAUUUCUUUAAGUUAUUGCACAACUCGGAAUUGUUUGAUCUUGUAGUAGCUGCUGAUUAUCUUGCCGAUAAGGAGUUGUCCAAUGCGGCAUGCGAACAAGUUCUUGAUAAAAUCACAGGGAAAACACCACAAGAAAUACGUGAUAUUUUCAACAUCAACAAUGAUUUUACCCCUACUAGCUUGGGCGGUUGAAUGACUUUCUAGCAAUGUUUUUUUUUUUUUUUUUGGGUUGAAAUUGUGUAGCUAUACCUUUGUGUUUUGUUCUUGUUUCUAGUCAUAUGGGGGUAAUUAUAUAAAGAGAGUAUUGUUAUACAGUUGACUAUUGUUGUUAUUGGUAAAUUGUUGUUAUAGAGAAGUAAAAUAUAACAUUAAAAAUUCAUUCCAAAAAACUUAACUGUUAUAAAAAGGUGGUGUUAUAUAUGAAUGUUAGUUAUAAAGAAAUUCGUAUUACAUAUCCCAUACAUUAUCUUCCCUUGCUGAAAUUAAGACUAU